AUGAAGCCGGCCAAACAACUAUCAACGACGAUGGACGAGCAAACCUUUGUCCCAGAUACGAUGAGGGCUCUCUAUUGGUGUCCAGCUUCUACAGCCCUCCGGGAUGACACUUCUUUGGAUGACCCAAGAGUAGAUUCGGAAGUAGUAUUCGAUACAAACUUUCCUACUCCAAAGCCAUCUCCAUCUCAAUACUUGAUCAAAGUCCAAACAGCCGCAUUCUCGCACGAUGAGCUUAGACUAGCGAAAGAGCUCAAUCCAUCGAAGUCCAUCCCGCAAGUUCCCGUCCACAACUUCUGCGGCACAGUCAUCAGCACCCCCACGCAAGACCACGAGAAACCCGACGGCCCCAAGUUCAAAGUCGACGACGUAGUUUUCGGCCUGAUCGAUUAUUCCCAAGAUGGCGCAGCAGCAGACUACGUCCUAGCGACCGAAGACGAACUCUCUUAUAAACCUCAGAACAUCUCCGCCGCUGAAGCAGCCACCCUCCCCCUCCCUGCCCUCACAGCCUGGCAAGCACUCUUCAAAUACGCGGGCCUCGAUUUCACUGCACGCAAGGACCUCCGUGUGCUCAUAACGAAUGCGCACGGCAGCGAAGUUGGCACCCAAGCCCUCCAUCUUCUUCGCUCCAAGUCCCUAUUCUCGCGCUACCGCCCCUGGAUCUGCGUCACUUGCACAUCGGAAGACGCAGCAAACGAACUUCGGCAAGUCCAUGUGGACGAAAUAAUUUUCGUCCAGCACCCUAUGCCGAAAAACUUCGACCUCGCUGCCACGUUUCGUAAAAAAAAAUGGGGACCCGUCGACAUUGUCCUCGAUUGCACGGGCGAGGACAUCCUCUACCAAUCCAAAGGUCCGGCCAUCAUCAAAGACGGUGGCACAGUCCUUUCAGCUGUAGAUGCUAACCCCGUUCUGAACAUCAACCCGAACAACGACGGGAAACCACAGACGCGUUUCGUCCAUGUUGAACCGGAUGGCAAGACGCUGCGCUUGAUUGCGCGUAUGGUGGAGGACAAUACCGUUCGGGGACGUGUUGAGGACGUCGUCGACCUUGUCAAUGGAGCGCAAUUUCUUGCUUCUGAUGCUGCGGCUGCGGGAGGACACAAGAGAGGCGGAAUUCAUGUACUUCGUGUGAAUUCUUGACCUAUGGUUGUUUGUGUUCUUUUUACUGUUAUUGUGGCAUAUGUACUAUAUAGCGUUGCACUCUUUCACAUGUACUCUUCUAGCUAUUAGUCUAGAACAUCUCAAGCAUACAGAUAACGGGAUCUUAAGUAUG